CGCUUUGCAGCGCAGAAUAAGAAACGUAACGUUUGUUAUGUCAACACGCUAAUGUCAAACCGUUGCCGCUGUUUCGUACAUUUCGUAAACAAACCUACGAGAUGGACAACUUUCCGGAAGUUUUCACCAAAAUUAAGCCGCUUUUCGAUGCCGUUAUCAGAAAACCUACGCGAGAAGGCAUCCUAAACCUUAACGAACAACUCAAGCAAGUUGAUAGCAACAGUGUGCAGAUCUUGCAGAACAUAUUUCUACAACAAUUAAUCAUACUCGUCGAUGCGGUACCGGGAGUAAACCAAAAUGAAUUGAAAACACAUUUGCUAGAAUGCAUCAUCACCAUUCUGCAGAAAGGUCGGCUUAGAAAGGCAGUGGCGUUAAAAAUUACCCUUUUAGCCACCGUCAAACUGAUAUACGACAAGGACACGGGUAAAAUGCGUCCCAACCUGUCCGAAGAAUAUAAACUGGCCGUGUUGAAAGUGCUGUCGUACGCCUCCCGUCACAUCCAGUCCGAGCUGAUAGAGGAAGUUUACGUGAAGGAAAAUUUAACCCUUCUUUCGCAAGCCAUUUUUGUGUGCGUUCGUGUAGUGGAAGCGGAACGUGCACGCAAGCUUCGUUUCCAGGCAGUCGAUUCCAUUCUAUCGCUCCUCCAGGUGCAUGAGGAUUUCGAUUUCAACGAUAUUGUGCUGCGCUGCCAAGUGGCGGAACUGUUGUUUAUUACGCUGCCAAAGCUGCUUUCCAUUUACGUGUCCAUCAUCAAUGGAGACGAAAAGCAGGGUACAGCCGUAUACCGGAUCGCUAUAAAAGCACUCGGCCGAACGCUUAGUCUUAUCUUUGAAGACUACUCAAAGGAUGCAACCGACGAUGAAUACUGUGCCGAUCGAUUUCGGCAACUGACGGAAAGUUUUAGCGACAAAGACAGAAACGCUAAUGUGUUGGGAUUAGGAUUGCAAGCCGAUGAUAAAGUUAAAUAUUUCAAUGAGACAACACGAUCGCGCGAGUGGUUGCUGCAGGCGGACAAACAAGUAGAAAAGAUACUUCAACUGAUACUUCAUCUCCGUGGACACGAGGAGGAACUUAUACGGCUCGAGUUUGCCAAAAUGAACUGUGAGCUGUUGAGAAACUGCACGUAUAAUAUGCCCCGUAGCACCGCUCACUAUCUGCAGACCGUGAUUGCUAUGAGCCACGAUGAAUCGGAACGUGUUCGUGGCGUCUGUGAAAAGUGUCACCAAUCGGAACCCUACUUUACGAUAUCCUUCGCGGGAAAUCGCAUCGAUGAACUGUUUUUCGAUGCGCUCAACCAGUUACCACGUAUCAUCUACCGGGGAGAAGAACGUGAACAAAUAUCUAGCUUUCGAUUAAUUACGGGAUUCAUUGGCUUCUUCUCCGAGUCGCAACUGGCAAGCGUUUUCUCGUGCCAAAACAUUCUGGAACAGCUCAUCAUGGUAUUGUUGGCCGGUGCUGAGCUUGAGAGUGUUGACGAGCUGUUACGAAGAGAGUACGUAUCGUACCGUUUCGAAUAUGAAGAAGGUUUCCAUCUGCAAAAGGACAAAAAAGAAUCCCGGUGGAUUGUGCUGAAGAACGUGUCGUCUCCUCGUGCUAAGCAAUCGUUUCUCGAUCUAAUUCACGCACUGCGAAUGCACGAACAAGCAGUAAAUACGGUGCUCAUGUACAUUCUGGAAAACUUUUACGCUUCAAGGAUAAAUAGCAACGGUUAUCUGUUUCUUUUGAGUGAGUUGAUUCCGGUCUCAAUCGACUACAGCCCGGCACGGUUAGAACCGUUCAAAACGUUACUCGCCGAAGUGUUACAACCUCAUCACUGGUUCUUAGAGUUGGAUGAAAACGAUAACAUAGCCGAUCAAAAGUAUAAUGCAUUGCAUGUUUGUCUCGUCGUUCGAACCAUCGCCCGAAUUGCAACGUUAAUGAAGGAACACUUUCACUGGUACCUGUAUGACGCGUUGCGAAUUCUGUUGCAAUGUUGUGGCAAUACGCUGAACUGCAUUAACGAGUCGACCGAACUGACGCUAGAUAUUGUGGCUCACUCGCAAGGCAUGUCCAGCAUCCAGCAGUUAAUACAGCACAAUCUCGACUACAUAUCGCAACAAGUUACGCGAUGUUUGAGACGCAAGGAACACUUCCGCGAUGGUAUAACCAUUCUGGAAUCGGUGUUACGCUUCGUACCGUACGAAACAUCGACUGUGCUCGAAACAACGGUUACACCAAUUCUCAUGAAUAUGCUUGAUAGUUACUCACAAUACGGCGAACGGAAUUCGAUCGUUUGUUUACGUGUGUUGCAAAUAUUUAUCCACUCUCUAAGGUUGCGCUAUGAACACGAAGACACCAACCCACCAACGGAAGCUACUAAGGAAAAAGCUUCUGUAAAUCUUUCGGAACAGAUUGAACGAUUACAAAAAUUGUUACAACGCGAAAUAGCAAACGAAGGGGAAGAUGUGGAAUUUAACCCGAAAGAAGUGGACGAAGAAACGGAUCAUAUGGAUGUAGCCGAGGAAGCUGAACACGAUACUGAAAAGGAUGCGAAUAGCACAGAGGAAGAACAAUUACCUGCGCACGUGAAGAUAGUAUUGCGCAUCCUGACGGUUAACUUCAAACAUCUCGCUUCGUCCAACGAUGCUGAACGAAUUGUUUCAUUAUGCACCCUGAACGAGGGAAUAUACGUGCUGCAAAGGUUCGAAAAUCAACUUCUACCUUUAGUGCACAACAUUUGGUAUAACUUUACCGAGCGGUUCUCCGAUCGAAACCCUGCCGUAGUAAGCUACGCAUUCGAUUUAUUGCUAACGCUAGCGCGACUGUCGCAAUCUUUCAUCCGCAACCGAUCACUGGAUGAUGUGCUUCCAAAACUUUACACGUUUAUGAAGGAACACUGGAAUGCGGACGGCAGCGCACAUCAGGUGUAUAAGUUGCAAUGCAAAUUCCUCACCUCAAUAGACGAGCUGGUGCGCAAUCUGAACUUUAGUGAGAAACAACUAGAUCAAGUGCUGGACGUUGUACGGCUGUACUGGGAAAAGUCGGAACGACGAGAGCUGAAAAAACGCGCUGCCGAAUGUAUGCAACGCAUGAGGAACAUAAAUUCGCUUGCUGUAUUUCUAAAAUGCGGUUGUCGAGCUGUGCUGCUAUAA